AUGAACCAGAUGCGACACCCCUUCAUCCAGCGCUGCCUGGCCUCACAGUCCACCCCACCACCCCCUCGCCUGCGCUACCUGGAUGUCGGCUGCGGCGGCGGCAUCUUCGCCGAGAGUGCGGCGCGACAGCCCACAACGACCAGCGUACUCGGUAUCGAUCCGACGCCCGAGGUCCUUUCCGUGGCCGAGACACACAAGCGGCAGGACCCGCUGCUGAUGGAGGAUGGCCGUCUGACGUACAAGAACAUUGCGAUUGAGCAGCUGCCGCUUGAUGGGGAGGGAUUUGACGUCGUAUCCUGCUUCGAAGUCGUCGAGCACGUCGCCGCGCCCUCCGAGUUCCUGAGGCAGCUGAUGGCGCACGUGCGGCCCGGCGGAUGGCUUGUUGGAUCGACGAUUGCGCGGACGUGGACGAGCUGGGCGACAACGAUUGUGGCGGCGGAGGAUAUCCUGGGGAUGGUGCCGAAGGGAACACACGACUGGAACAAGUACAUCAAUGAGGAUGAAUUGAGGAAAUGGUUUUCGACGCAAGUCGGAUGGGAGUACCCUAGAACCAUGGGCGUUAUGUACCUGCCGGGUCUGGGAUGGAAGGAGGUGCCUGGCAGCGAGAACUUUGGGAAUUAUUUCUUCGCAGUCAGGAAGAGCGAAGUGUCUUGA